CGCUCCCUAAGCCUUAGUGAUGGACGCAAAUAGAGGCGCGGCUGAACGGCUCGCCGCAGCCAAUAGAAAGGAUUGACGCUCCUCGUUCAACGUCAUCCGUUCCCUAGAUACUGUCCCCGCCCCUCAAAGGACAGCGGGCGGUGGCGCCGCUCAAUCCUCCAUUGAGAAGAAGGCUUGAUGCGAGAGGGCGUGGUUUCUGUGCGGGUAGCGCGUGGUGGUGCCGCCGUCCCCCUUUCCCAGCUGGGAGAUGGGGAGGGAAAUGCUCGUUGGCCGUGGAGGCUGCUUGAGUGGCUCUUCUUCUUCUUCUUCGUGUGGGACAGACGCAGUCUGAGGGGUUAGGGGCACAGGGAGGGCAGUGCUCGGUCUCGGGAUGAACGGGGCGGCCCCACCGCUCUUCGACUGCAAGGAGCGAGCCCUGUUGCUGGGCGAGAGUUUCGAGAGACAGCCGCGCUGCGCCUUCCACACCGUGCGCUAUGACUUCAAACCUGCGUCAAUUGAUACAUCCUGUGAAGGAGACCUCGAAGUUGGUAAAGGUGAACAGGUGACAAUAACUUUGCCAAAUAUUGAGGGUUCUACUCCACCAGUUACAGUUUUCAAGGGUUCCAAGAAGCCAUACCAAAAAGAAUGCAUCUUGAUUAUUAACCAUGAUACUGGAGAAUGUAGACUAGAGAAGCUUAGUAGCAAUAUCACUGUGAAGAAAACCAGAGGUGAAGGAAGCAGUAAGGUCCAGUCUCGUAUUGAGCAGCAGCAGCAACUAAUGCGAAAUGCAAAUAAGAUUCCAAAUAGUGUUAAAUGUUCUCCACCAAAAGAGAAGAUGUCUCCAACCUGUCCUAUGGAUGAUAUUGAAAGAGAGCUGAAAGCAGAAGCUAAAGUUAUAGAGCAGAUGAGUAGCUCUGACAGUUCAUCAGAAUCAAAGAAUUCAUCAUCCUCUUCAUCAAGCAGUGAAAAUAGUUCUAGUGACUCAGAAGAUGAAGAUGCAAAGCGGUCUCUUCCCUUUUCAAUGCCACAUCUACAGCCUCCUGUGAUGGCUGUAUCCCAAGUGGCCUUUCUAGAUGUAGAUGCUGGAUAUCACAGAAAUCAAGAGAGCAGUGGCCACCUGAUGAACACACUGCGAAAUGAUCUCCAGUUAAGUGAAUCUGGAAGUGACAGUGAUGACUGAGGAAAUCAUGGCGUUAAAGAUGCAUCACUUCCUUUACUGAAGAUGAGAAGACAUUUGUUUUGCACUAAGUUUAUAACGUUCAAGACAGAGGAAUGUUACCAACUUUCAUAAUAAAGUUGACCUAUUUUUUCUGACUUUAUUGGAAAUCAAGUUCAGCAUUUUUCCUUUUUGCCAUAACUUCAUGUGGCUCUUCCAAAUCUCUGGAUUUGGCAUUCAUUCUUUUUAGCUGGAUCCAGGGUUUAGUCUCCACUACCUCCUGUAUUUAAAAUUUCAGACAGCUAACUACUAUGUGUUAGAUAGACAUGGAGGAAGUUCUUUAUACUAUGCAGGUUUUUGAUAAAAGGUUUGAGAACCUUUGUGUAUAUGUAUGUGUAAGUAGGAGAAAACAGUUGAAGUCUGUUGUUUUUUAUCUUUGUAGCUAAUGAUGUUAAAGAAAUUGCCAAACAAUAUGUUCCACUACUUAAUAUGGUGUAAUUGUUGAACAAUACAUCAGCAAACUCUGAAUUUUAUUGUGUUAUCCUUUUUGUUUUAAUCUGAGUCUCUCAAAUAAAACUUUCUGGGAGUGGGGGUUGCCUUUGUGAUACACCUGGAUAAACUGAUCAUUUUAGCAUCUUGAUAGCUUUCUGGGUCUUUUAAAAUUCUGUUAGGUUCAAUACAUUCCUUUUGAUAGAAAUUCAAUAAAUUAAUAAAAGUUA